UUAUUUCUGAAGUAGGAAAUAAACUACUAAUGAAAUUAAAAUAAAAUUCAUUGAUUAAUUCUGACAGUUCGUCAAGCUCGAAGAUGUACAAGUCUUCGAUCGCGACGAGCACGCCGAACCUGCCGUCGAGCGCGCCUCGCCGCAAGAAGGCGAAGGCGCCGCCGCCGCCGGUCAUCACGGUCACCGAGACGCCGCGCCUGCAGCCCUGCACCUCCAUGGAUGACGUCGUCAGCAUCUCAUCCCUCAGCUCCUUCAACUCCACCAUUCAUUCCGAUCAGAAAUCAAUAGGCGUAUCGACACCUCGAAUGAAGAAAAAGAGACCUGCACCCACGCCUCCGGACAGCCUAUCCACUGUCUCUGGCUUUGGUUCUCUGGAGAAAGGCGUCGAUUCUUCGGGGUUACGCAGCAAUGCUUCUGAUGGAGGUCGUCGAUCAGCAAAAGGUCCAGCGCCAGGUCUUCCCCUGCCGGAGCGGCGAGAAGUAAAGCUAGCCAUGUCGCCCGAAGAGCUGCAGGUGCAGUUAGACCUGCUGGAGACACAACAGCUGGGCUUGGAGCGGCAGGGCGUGCUCAUCGAGCAGAUGAUCCGCGACAAGUGUGAGGGUGACGAGCCAUCUACUGUGCCACAAGAGGAAGUGGAAGAUUUAGUAAUACAGCUCUGUGAACUAGUCAACGAGAAGAAUGACUUGUUCAGGAAGCAGACUGAACUGAUGUAUAUACGACGACAGCAGCGGUUGGAACAAGAGCAGGCUGACAUUGAGCACGAAAUCAGGAUUAUACAAUCUCGACCGGCCGUCAACCGCAUCGACGCUGAUAAGGCGCGCGAGGAGCAGCUGGUGGCGCGCCUGGUGGAGAUGGUGCGCCUGCGCGACGAGCUGGUGCAGCAGCUGGACGCCGAGCGCCGCCGCGAGCGCCAGGAGGACCUCGCCAUCGCCGCCUCCAUCGCCAGCAAGCGCGCCCAAAGAAACAGUGAAUCGAAUAGCUCUUCAAUGAAGUCGGUCGAAGUCGUUGCGACUCCUAAAAAGAGUAAGGUAAAAGACAAAGUGAAAAAGCAAUUGAAAAAAGCGAAACAUACGCUGAUUCCCAAAAAGAAAGACGACGGAACAGACCGAAAAACAGAGAAAACUGAAAAAGAAAAGAAACCUAAAUAAGGUACUGCUGACUUUAGAAUCUUUAGAAUGACAUCUUACCUAACUGAUAUUAGAUGGAAGACAAAAGUUCACUGCUGUUUGGAGAAUGUUCGUGUGCAAUUUUGAAAAUUAUGGUGUGCUAAAAGGUAUCACUGCAAUAAAGAUACCGACACAAUAUGAAAAUGCUAUCUAGCCACUACUAUAUGGAGUGAUAUGCGAAUGAUUUGCUCGUAUCAGCCGAUUGUUGCAUAGUAUUGUUUAGAAUUCAAAAAACCUGUUUUACAUUUCUGUUAUAACGAGAGUGUGUUAGGACAAAACAAGGCUGAAUUUUUACAUGUUUAUAUCAUUGUUAAACUUGCCUGCAUACAGAAAUAUCCCCUAGGCACACUUGCAUUUAUCACUCUGUAUAAUUGUGCACAAAUUAAAUUGUGAGUGCUACUUAUACUUAAGGAAAGACUGAAACAUUCCAUUCUAUUUAUAUGAUUUUAUUUUAAAUACAAUUAGAAUUUUCUCAUUAAUAUCUGACACUUUAUAAUAAUAUGUUUUAAGCCUAUAUUUAACGGGCCUAAUGUUAUAUUGUGGUAUAGUUUACUUGCACUAAUAUAAACACUAAAAACUAAUACAUGUAUGUACAGUGCUGUUAUUUUAGGUUUACGCUUCAGAUCAAAUCAACUAUGUAUAACAUAAGUUAUUUAACUAAGUUAAUUUUAUUCAAAUCAAAGUGACAUUCCAAUUGAUUUGAGAACCGUAAAAUUUUAUAAAAUGCAGUACUGGACAAAUUAUUGCAAUAUAGCGCAUUAGCGCACCUAAUAUUUUUAACCGGUUUUAGUGGUUACCAAGAGCUAAGCAAACUAGUUUACCUCACACCACUGAAGACAUUUUUUAGACUUAGAUCAGACCGCAAUAGCAUGAAAAAUCAUAUCUGGUAUUUGUACUAAAAAUUGGCUUAGCUGUAAGUCUGCAACUAGCAUGGCAAGUCACGUUUUCGCUAACACAAAUGAUAAAUUUACUAACUUGAAUGCGUGCAAAUAAUACUACUGUUUCGUAAACUUUACUUGAAAUAUGUGCAAAUUAUGAAAUCAUGAAUUUUUUCCGAUAGGAUUUUAGCUGCCGAUUUUUCAUUUACAAUAACGUUAUGUUGUUUUUUUGAUCAAGCACAUCAGAUUAUACAUUUUUGUAGCAAAACGCACCUAUUGGAACUACUCGUAUGAUGCCACCACAGCUAAUGAUAUUAAGUUAUGGUCACAGCGGUUACCUUGAUGAGCUGACGUCUGUUCUAUAAAAAAUGUGCAAUUUUCCAAUCAAGGCAAUCAAGCGAAAAGCGUUAAAGAUUUCAAGGACGCCCGAUAUUAUAUUAAAAGUUAUUAUUGAGUUUUAUUUGUUAUAAUUUAUGAGCAUUAUAGAUUGGUCUAUUUAGUUAAGAUUUCAUAUUUUUAUAAAUCGCACAAACUUGUAAGUACUUAAUAUUAACAUACUAUGUGCCACGUUAAGAAAUUUAGUGAAAUAAGCGAAUAUAUUUGGUGCCACUUAAAAAAUGAAUCUCUUAAUUCGUUUGAGUCAGACACAUAUUUAUUAUUAAACUAUGCUUAAUCUAAUCCACAAUGCCUCAAUAUUUUCAGUAAUUAUUUAUGAAAUAAGCUUAAAUUUAACUUUUCACUAUUUACUAACCACCAUUCGGGAAUAAACUUAUUUUUAAUUUAGAGACAGAAAUUCAAUCUUGUAAUAAUGUCUCUUGUCUUUUGUUUGCAGCUUGGUGACAUAUAAAUCGCAUCAAUAUAGUGCCUUUACAAUUAUAAAUCCAUAUCAAAAUAGCAUUUUUACAUAGCAAGUUAACAACAUUAGGGACCACGCCAUAUCAAUAACGAUGCACUAAUAUCUUUUUAAUACAUUUUAUUUAACAUGAUAAUUAACUGAUCGACGGUUUACAUAAAGGCAAAUAUUGUAAGAAAACUAUACAAAGCUAAAUUUAUAAUUAUCUAUUUUCCAGAGAGGUGAUUAAUUAGUUUUUGUUCUGAAAGAAAAACCAAGUUCAAAAGGUACUUAAUAGUGUAUUAUUUAAAAUGCUUCAUUAUUUUAUUCCUAUUCAUCUAUGAAUGGUCAAAUCAAUCACCUUGCACAGGUUUUUUUUAUCAUGCACAAAUCAGUAUUAUUAAUAAAUUGCCUUUGUUACAACAUUUUUAAGCAUCUGUAUUUUGUGUUCAACUUAAUCGAUAAAAUACAUUAAAAUUUACGCUUUGGGACUUUUAGCGAUAACACCGUAAAUUACAAUAUCCCAAGCAUAUACUAUUUUAUAUUACCUAUGUACAGUCGACCGCACAGCAUACUAUACGUUUUUGUUGCAAAAUACAAUCAUAGCACCUUACAUACGAUGUUUGGUAGUACCUAUAUUAUCUGUGCAAUGUGUCGCGUCGCCUGUAUUUCAAUAUCAUAAAAUUGUAAGUAUUGCUUACCAAGGGAUUUUCAAAGUUUUUUGUUUAUUGAGAUUAAUUUUAUUUACAAAACCUCGAUAAGUAAGACUCAUUGUCAAUAGAAAAAUAAAAUAUUUGAUAACAAUAACAUGCUGUUUCUAUUUUAGCGUUAAACCACUGUGUAAAUCUACUCCUCAUUUGAAUUGUUAAUUUAUAGCAUAGCCCUAAUAUAGUAGUUUUUCGGGUAAACUCAAAAUUUUGAUUGGCUUCUGCAAAGAAUAGUCGACCGUGCUAGCCUUAAAUGUUACGGUUCAAAGAUGAUCGAUAGAACCCUGAAUGCUAAAAGUAGCAUAUUGUGUGCUGUGGCUCUAAUGAUUUCAGCGUUGUCAAUUCAUAAUACUCACGUUAUGAAGAGUCACAGAAUAAAAAGUGAAGCUUUUUUUUUUUCAAAAACCAUGAAUAUCGGUCCAGCUGUUCUCAAGUUAAUAAGUGCUCGAACAAAUCCGACAAUAUAUGUCCGGUUUCCGGCAAAUUGCCGGUCCGGCGUAGUGGGAACCGGGCCUAAUUAAGAUGAAGGGUUUAGUCGUUUGAAAUAAUAAAUAUACAAUAAUAUAUUGUGGAAAUGUGUAUUGCCAUAAUAAGUCGGGUUGUAUAAUUACAAUACAUAACAAAUCUAUUCGGAUAAAUUAUUGUGAUUCUUCUACAAGG